AUGUCUUCAUUAAAUCAAAAUAUACUUGAAUCAAAUGAUUCAAAUGAUAAUACAAAUACAAAUAUAAACACAAAUAAUAUAAAUAAUGAUACAAUCAAUGAUACAAUUAAUAAUCCUUCUAAAAAUUCAAUAUCUAAUCUAUUAGAUCAAACACAGAAUAACGAACCACUUGAGAAAAAAUUUAAUUGUCCUCAUUGUGAUCAUACAUUUACAAGAAAACAUAAUUUAAAAUCCCAUUUAUUAAUUCAUUCAAAUUUAAAACCAUUUAAUUGUUCUAUAUGUUCAAAUAAAUUUAGAAGAUUACAUGAUUUAAAAAGACAUGAAAAAUUACAUACUGGUGAAAAACCAUUUAAAUGUUUAAAAUGUGGUAGAAAAUUUGCUCGAUAUGAUGCUUUAAUUCGUCAUAAUAAUAGUCAAAGUGGUUGUACUUUAUUAGUUGAUGAUUUUAUUGUAAAAAGAAAAUAUGAUGAUUUAGAUCAAAAUGAUAAUGAUCAUAUAUUGAAAAAAAAUCAAUAUGAAUCAACUUGGAAAUUGAAACAACAGUCUGAGGUUCAAUCUGAGAAUCAGGUUGAAUCUCAAUCACAAAAUCAAUUACAAAUUCAAAACACAACUCAAAAUCAAUCUCAAAAUCAAAAUCAAUCAAUAUCUUUACCUUUACAAUCAAAUAGUACAAAUAAUAGUACAAACAAUAGUAUAAUCAAUACUAGUACUACUAAUAAUAGUACAACUAAUACCACAAAUAAUACCCCAAAUACUAUUGAAAAAUCGUUACAUUCAUUACAUCCAUUACCUUCAAUAAAUAAAUUAACUCCAAUUAUUGAAAAAUUAAAUUCAAAUUCAUUAAAUCAAAAUAAUUCAUUAAAUCAAAAUUCAUUUGAUAAUCAAUUAAAUUAUAAUAAUUUUGAUUUAUUACCUUAUAUAAAAUUAUUAGAAUCAAGAGUAUCAACUUUAGAAACAAAAUUAUCAAUUACUGAAACAAAAUUAUUAAAUUUAUUAAAUUCAAAUAUACAAAAGGAAUAA